ACAGACUAGAGAGACAGUACAAAGCAAAUAAAAUUCUUUAAAAAAAAAACCCGAAUUCCUGGCUCCGCACUGCGGUUCAAUGACAGCCAUUCUGGACGUGCAGACAGGCGAACCGCCGGUGUUCCCACUAGUGUGGAAAUUCCAGAUAGAGGAAAGGAUAGUGGAGAUCAGAAUCUCGACGCGUGCAUCUCCCAUCUGCUUCCGUUGCAGGGAAAGGGGGCACCUGGGAACAGACCAGAAGUGCCCCAAGUACCCGAAGCAAGCGAAGGAGCGGAAGCUCCUACCAAAUAUGUUGGUGGAAGUUGAAGAAGCUCCCGGAAUAUGGUACGUGGCGGACCCCGCGUACGACGGGUGGGUUUUUGACGACAAUUUGGAGGAGCCUGACUGGGUCUGGCAUUUUGGUGACCAGAAUCCAAGCAUUAAUAAACCCGAUUUCUUUCCACCCGCCGACAGCAGAUGGCAGAAGAAGGCAACUGGCAAAGUGCGCAGCAACCCUUCCAAAAUCAAUACAAAUCCGAUCACAGACUCGAGGGUGAUCAAGGAAGAGAAGGUAAGGGAGGACUUGAUGUGGGACUUGGAGACAAUCAGAGAACAAAUCGAAGAAGAAGUCUCAAAAAAUCCUGAUGAAUUUCGAAGAACUCUUAAUCAAGUCGAACAAUUGGAACUGCCGACUCACAAAAGGAAGGAUAAAAACCGGGCUGAGAACAAACGCACCAUGCAGGAGCAAACGGAACAGCGAGAGCAAGGAACAGGCGCCAAAAGAAGAAAAGCGGAUAUCACGGCCAGUGACUCAGACACAGGGAAAGGAAAGGCUGUAGAUGGCAGCAAAGGAAAAGCCGAAGGGAUGGAUCUAGACUCAAAGGGGGAGGAGGCGGGAGACGAAGCGGACGAAGGAACCAGUACACCGAAGUCGGAGUCGAACUUCGACGAGGAGAGAUCCCAACAGUCUCUUGCCUGGCUCCGUGACUAUGUGGAAAAAGCAAAGCGGGAAAGAKAACACGCGUUUGACGUCCGGGUAGCCUGCCUAAAACAUGCUGAUAGAUCCCAGAUCAAUGGCAAGAAAAGCUCAGUCGGUGGAAUCAGCAAGUCUGAAAACCAGUUUGAGAUGCUGAAGAAGGAAAAAGACGAAGAGUUCUCAGAAUUUGCAGCCUUCAGGUACGCGGAGAAGAAAAGAGCGAGAGAUCAGGGAACGGUUGAUCAGGACAAAACCAUCCCCACAAUCAGGGACAACUUCCAAGACCUUCGACCCAAGGCAAGGAAAACUGGUAAGAGCCAGAAGAAAAAGGACCUCAACAGUGACCGAAUGGAAGUUGAAGAGAAGUCUGAGCGGGCCCUAUUAGAGAAAGAAGUGGCAGUAGUGCUCUCACAGACUGAUAAACUUAAGAAGUGGAACAAAGAAUACACCCCGGACUUCACCUCCAUCGCACAGAUUACGCGUGGGGAGGCCCCAGUGGUGGUCGAAUCCGCCAAGUCAGCUCGCAGGACCCUAAGGGACAUUCGGCCCCUGGUCGUGGCCAGAUAUGCGAGGGAGGCGGCGGAGUGGCAGAUCGCAACCGACGUAGCCUUCAAAGUUCCCCACUUUGUAGGAGGGGAGAACGUGGUCAGGACACUCAAAAGCAAAGUGUCGCUCGAGGUGCCUCUAGGAUUUUUUGAGACAGCAGAUCCGGAUGAAGAAAUGGCAGUCUCUAACUCACAGCAAGGGCAGCAGGAUACAACGCGGAGUACCAAUGAUCAGAUUCGAUAUCAUCCGAGAGCCUUCUCUCCCUUCAUAGUCAAAUUGCCAGAAUCUUCACCUCUACUACCAGGUAUGCUUUGGAAACCAUGGAGGACGGUCAUGGAGGUUCCUUACAGCAUUCUGGCAGGCGCCGGGAUGUCAGCAGAACUGCUGGCCACAGCUCUGUCCAAACUGGUGACUGCGAAGCUAUUGGACGGCGAUGACGACCUGGAAAGUAGGACUUACGCGGUCGACGGUGAAAGGUUCUACGGGAGUGAGAAGUCGGAUGCUGGGUCAUGGAAGGCGGAAGAUGAAAAAGAUGACUUAGAUCUGCUGCACAAUCAGCUGUUAGAAGGGUCAGGGAACCAAGAAGACCCGAAGGGAGGAGAGGGAGUCAAUUGGGACUUCAUGGAGAACAGUAUGGAAAGAAUGGGAGUUGGACCCAACUUCAGAAAAUGGAUAAGAAUACUGUAUAGGGACGCAGUGGGUUCCGUCCAGGUGAACGGACUGCUAUCAGAAAGUUAUCCGAUCUCACGAUCAGUUCGUCAAGGGGAUUCCCUGGCCCUGAGGGGGAAGAGGGGGAAGCGGGCCGGCAAGCAGGGGGGUUGUACAGAGGAGGUCAGAUGGUCAGGGGAUGGACCUGGGCAAGAGGCGGGAGGACGGCAAGAGGGGGAAGCGGGCCGGCCGGGGGACGAGGUGGUGAUGGACUAUCAGCUGUGUUUUCAUGGCCAUUGUAUCUGGUAUCCAGACAACUACAGUUUUUCACUCAUUGAAGCUGAUGCCCCAGACACGGGUGAACCAUCAGUCCAUCCCGAUGUAUACCCACCACACGGCAGCCAAUGGCAAACAAAGGGGGCGAGGAAAAUCGAAGACAGGGAAGGAGGUUACCUAAAAAAGCAAAUCCUGGACUCGCAAGGGAUUAUGGAAGACGAGCACAGGAAAGACACCUUGCAGGAAUUAAUCAAAACAGGCAGCUCAACUGAGAAAGCCUAUUUUGAGAAUAUGCAUGCACGAGACAAGAUCCUACAAGCAACCAAUACGCAUAAUACCCAACAGAUUACCAAGGAAUCGCAGAAACCUCAAGGGGACAGCUCAUCCAAUGGUACACACAAAAGGCUCAAAAGAAAAGCCAACCAAUCUCCAUCCAACUCGCCUGCCCACAGCACAGCACAGGGCAAAAGCACCAAACUCGAGGGUCUCGACACAACAACGGAGGAGAUGGAAGCAGACUUUGACAAGACACAGGAAGACCAGGAAGAAGAAGAGGGAGGAAAUGCGGACAGCAAAGGGAGGAAACAUAGAGGAACCCAGGGAGGCCACAACGAAGAAGGAGAAGAAAUGAUGAAGGAAGGAGAUGAGGAAGGCACAGCAGGAGGAAGAGGUGAACAGGGAGAAGGAAAAGAGAAUGGGGAAGAAGACGGGACUAUGGCAGAUGACAACAUAGCACAGGAUUCUUCAGAGGAAGAUGCACACAUGGGAAGAGAUCAGGAUGCACCUGAAGGAACAAGUGAGGAAGAUCAGGAAGACACCCACAGGGCUCGCCUCCCUGAAAUCGAGAAACGGAGAUGGAUCACAAGGACAGUGCAAGGCCACGAAAACAUCAGGUCCAGCACUGACAAAUUCUCCAUCUUAGUUCUCAGCAAGAACAUGAUGAUGGUGGUCUUCAAAGACGCCAAUCAGGCAUCAAAUCGGAUCAACAAACACACCACCCUGAACUGCAACGGAUCGCUGUGCUCCCUGUCCCGCUGGAAACAGGAGACAGCGCAGAAAGCCAUGAUCUCACCGGCGACUGCACAAAAACAGAGACUGAUGAGAGACCAGUUCUGGGUCCAAUUUGACAACAUCCCGAUCAGAGGACACCCGCUGAUCAAAGACCGACUGGAGGUGGAAUACCCAAACAACAGAGUGUUAAAAUGGGUACUCCCCACUCCAGAAUUUCUCGCUCCACACUGCGACUCCAUCACCGCCGUAUUGGAAGUGAACAUGGAGACGAACCCUGAAUUCCCAGAAGAAUGGGAAUUCUGCAUCGGGGAGGAGACGUCAUUGGUUACGGUCUCAACGAAAGACGCCCCCAUCUGUUUCAGAUGCAAAGAGAGAGGCCAUCUGGGCACUGAUCCAGCGUGCCCAAGAUCCCCCGAGCACUCGAAAGAAAAGAAGCUGAGACAGAACAUGCUGGUCGAAGUAGAAGAGGCAAAAGGGAUCUGGUUCGUUAACGACCAGGACUACGACGGAUGGGUAUUCGAUGACACCAUUGAUGAUCCGAAGUGGAUCUGGACGAAUCAGUUGGCAGGUGAGGCCAACAUCAAUGUUCACAACUUCCCCUCGUUCAGCAAGAAGGCCCUAGACCUUGAGGCGAAGAUAGGGCAUGGACAUAAUCCCAUAACGGACGGCAGGAAGAAAACACUGCCUCCCAACUGGAAGGCGAAGGGCCGCAUUAUGUUUGUCGAUAACGAUGGUUCCACCAUCGAGUUAGACGGCAACUUCCAGGAGGGAGUAGGUUCAGAGGCUGGCAGCAUUGAAGCUUCAGGGGGUGGAGUUGUCGUUGUCGUAGCACAAAAAGGCGAGCCGGUGAAAAUGCCGCCGGAGAUAGAGGGCGUAGUUGCCAAGUACCCUGAUCUAUUUGAAGAGCCGACAGGGGUUGUAGAGAGGGAGGUCGUCCACGCGAUAAAGAUUAUCUCAGAGUCUAGCAUCCCGAAGGGUAGGAUCUAUCGGAUGUCUCCAGGCGAGCUCGAUGAGCUUCGCCGACAACUCAAGGAACUCGUAGAGAAGGGUUGGAUCCGGACGAGUGUUUCUCCUUAUGGGUCUCCAGUACUAUUUGUACCUAAGAAGAAGGAGGGAACACUUAGGAUGUGCAUUCACUAUAGGGGCCUCAAUGCCAUCACUGUCAAGAACAGAGAGCCCCUACCGCGCAUCGACGAUUUGCUUGAUAGAGUGCAAGGGUGUCGGUACUUCAGUAAGAUGGAUCUGAAGUCCGGGUACCAUCAGAUUGCAAUCCGGCCCGAGGAUCAACACAAAACCGCUUUUCAGACCAGGUACGGUCUGUACGAGUUUGUGGUGAUGCCUUUCGGUCUUUGCAAUGCUCCUGGCACCUUUCAGCACGCUAUGAAUUGGAUCUUUCAUGACUACUUGGAUAAGUUUGUCAUCGUGUACCUCGAUGACAUACUUAUUUUUAGUAAGACUGUCGAGGAGCACGUUGCGCAUUUGGACAAAGUCCUUAGUCUCCUGCGGCAGCACAAGUUCAAGAUCAACAGUGAGAAGUGCGAGUUUGGUCGCACCCGUGUCUUGUACUUGGGUCAUGAGAUGUCCGCGGAAGGGUUGAAGCCCGAUGACACGAAGGUGGCCAGCAUUCUAACUACGGAUGCUAGCCAAUAUGGCAUAGGCGCCGUACUUGCACAACAGGAGAGGGAAAAGUUGAGGCUAGUUGAGUACAUGUCCAAGAAAAUGCCGUCUCAGAAGUUGGCUAAGUCUUAUGAGAAGGAACUCUAUGCAGUUUACAAGGCUCUGACCCAUUGGAGGCACUACCUCCUUGGGAGGUUCUUCAUCCUCAGGACUGAUCAUCAGACCCUGAGAUGGAUGAGAACUCAACCGGUACUCUCUGACGCUAUCAAGCGUUGGAUCGAAGUCAUUGAGCAAUAUGACUUCGAGCCCCAGUACAUCAAGGGCGAGUACAACAAGGUUGUUGACGCCUUGUCGCGUAGACCUGAUUUCUCAGGUGCGCUGAUUACUGAGUUCAAUCUUGCGGACAAUGUUACUCAGUCUUUGGUGGAAGCCUAUCGCGAGGACCCGUUUAUGGUCGAGAUCAUACGCAGACUCGAGGCGAAGGACAAAGGGACUUCUGCCGAGUUUGAGGUGGUCAACGGCCUGCUGUUCCUUGAGAAGGCAGGGAAUAAACCUGCAGAGCAAGGCACGCAACUGCAGAUGACAUCAGGCAAUCAUCCCGAGGCAAACGGGCAGGCUGUACAAAUGAACCGCGCUGUUUGUCAGCGGGACAAGCCGCGAACUCAAGCACCGCUUGGGUUAUUGAAGCCUUUACCUAUUCCUGAUGGUCAAGGAUUGAGUGUUUCCAUGGAUUUCAUGGACACUCUUGUGACCAGCAAGAGUGGUAAGGGGCACAUUUUCGUCAUCAUUGACAGAUUCACCAAAUACGCUAGACUAAUUCCAAUGCCAAAGACAGCCAAGACAGAAUACGUCAUCAAGUUGUUCAAGGACAACUGGGUAAGGGACUUUGGUUUACCAAAGACCAUCAUUAGUGACCGAGACGUCCGAUUCACAAGUGAGCUGUGGAAGAAGACUGCGGAACAGAUGGGCAGUCAACUUCARAUGACUUYAGGGAAUCAUCCCGAAGCCAACGGACAGGCCGAACAAAUGAAUAGAGUUGUACAACACUUGUUGAGGCAUUACAUCAAGCCCAGCCAGGACGACUGGGAUGAGCAGUUACCUCUCAUCGCCAGCCUCUACAACAACGCUAUACAUAGUAGUACCGUCGUUAGUCCUAACCAGCUGCACUUAGGAUGGAAGCCUAGAUCAGCAUUAGACUUCCUCCUACCUGAAAACCGACCCGCUGCAACUCCAGGCACACUUGAAUACGGUGUGCAAUAUGAGAAGUUGCUGCAAGACGCUGUUGAACAUAUGAAGAAAGCUCAGCAAGCCAUGAUUGCUUCUGAGAAUCAACAUCGCAGACAAUCCACAUUUCAGGUAGGGGAACGUGUCUGGGUCAAGGCUAUGGGAGAUGAGUUGGAUGGUCCCACCUAUGUCAUUUCUGUCCCUGGACACCUACGCACUCACCCAGUCUUUCAUGCCUCAAAGCUUGCACCUUUCGCUGAGACUGAUCAAUUCCCUUCCAGGAGAUCGAUGCUUCCCCCAACCAUGGAUGGACAAGUCGACAUCGACGACAUUGUGGACCACAGGGAUAUGCCUGUUCAGAAGCCGUUGGGUCGAGGAAGACCUCCGAAACCCAAGAGAGAGUACCGGAUCAGAUUCAGGCAUCAUACGGAUCCUAAAGAAGAUCGGUGGUUUACUCGGGAGGAACUGAUGGAAACAGCUCCUCAGGUGGUGGCAGAUUAUGAACGAAAGCUAAAAGGGAAGGCACCUGCGAAAUUCAGCAAUGACAAGCACUGUAAUCACAACAAGCUUCAGUAAAACCUGCAGCCACAAGGAAAAUUUUGAAAACAAAAGCCAACCACUUGA